GAACUCAAGUUAUUUCUUGUAUUAACAUAUUGGUCGUUCAAUGCUCUAGCCUCGGUACUGCUUCCUAGCCUUCCAACGAAAAUGGACGCCGACCUGGCCAGCCUUUCCAAAGAGGAGCUCGUCUCCAAGUACAAAAAGCUAAAAGAGCUGGCGGACUAUGAGAGGCGCCGAGCGGAUGGGCUUGCUGAAGAGCUUAAGCUGGCGAAGGAGCACAACGUGGUCGUGCAAAAGCAAAUUGAGCAAGAGGAGGAGUACAUCACUAACAAACUGAUGAAGCGCCUGGACCAGCUGAAGAAGGAGAAAGCAGUGCUGGCCAGCGAGGUGGCGCAAGAGGAGGAGUUCCUAGCAAACACCCUGCAAAAGCGGCUGGAGAAGCUGGCAAAGGAGAAGGUGGAUUUGGAGAACCGCCUCGAGGCGGAGCAGGAGUAUGUGGUCAACAAGCUCAGGAAGGCGAUUGAGCAGCUCAGCGUGGAGAAGAACAAGCUCAUGUGCGAGAAGGUGGAGCUGGAGAACCAGCUGGAGUGCGAGCAGGAGUACAUCCUCAACCGCCUGCAGAAGCAGGUGGACAAGCUUGCAAGCGACAAGCUGGCGCUGCAGAAGGAGAAGGCGGAGCUGCAGCGGACGGUGGCUGACCUGGCGGCGUCGGUCGACAGACUCAACAAGGACAAGGUCCAGCUGGAGAACACGCUGGAGGUGGAGGAGGAGAACAUCACGAACAAGCUACAACGGCGGCUGGAGGGCGUCGUGGCCAACCUGCGGCUAAUUGAGACGAAGCUGGAGGCGAAGGGCAUCUCCCUGGCGUCCCUGGGCAUCACGGCGUCAGAGCUGCACAGCGACUGGCCGCGAGUCUACAGCCGCAGCCCCUCCAGCACCAACAACUCCAUGGACCGUGUGCUCAGCGGCGCGCUUAGCGGUGGCCCCGUACCAGCCCUGCACGUGAC